CUGCGCUGCCACCCAAGCCCAUCCGCCUCCUCUCCCCUGCUCUCCCAUGCUCUUCGGCUUGGCCAUGGUCCGGCGGCUGAUCACCGCGAUACGCUAUGCUCAUGUCCGAGCACCGGAGGCAGAUCACCGAGGUUAGUGACUAGAACCUGGACCCACAGACCAGUUUCCCUCCGCAUCGCCGCAUUUUGUUUCCUUUUUCAUUUCGAACAGGAGCCCUCAACGAACGACGACUGACGACCCAAACAAUGCUCAGGAGGCGGUGCUCCGGCGCCCGAUAGGUGUUCGGCGAAAUGCCGAUGGCAAAAAAGCCCGUCCGAGGAGUUCGUGGCCGCGCCUGUGGCGGUACCAGCGGCUGCACCGGAGCACGCCGUAAUAACUUCCGCCGUCGCCUUCUCCUGCUGCGAGUGCGUGUGCACGUGCGCGCGUGCGGGUCUCCUGCCGGGCGCGCCGACGUGCUGCCCACUGAGACCGGCCGUGGACAAGGAGGGGAGACGGCAACGGCAAGGUACGUGGUUUCUGCGCAGCAGCGGCGAUGCGCUUUGCUCUGCCAGUACCGGUAGCGACAGGCUCCAUGCCUCCAUCUGAUCUGAGCACCUAGCGUCGUUUUCUUUCGCCAUCCGAGUUGUUCGGCAGAGCACGAGAUCUGCCUAGGAAAUCAACGGCCAGAGCUCAUCCCGGCAGUAUAAUAAUUAAUAACUGUGAAAAUUGUUCAUAACACAUCAAGUCAUCAAAUGAUGUAGAGUACUAUUUAAUUCUUCUCUGAUUAUUGUAUCCUUGCGUGCCGCUUGUAAGAUUCGUUAGGUUCAGUCUUGUCGGUUUAGCGUACCAGGUCAAAUUUGCUGAGCAGGCAUGCAGCCGGCCGCCGGCAUGGUUAAGUGAACUAAAUUUACUCAGUUCGAAUGUUAUUACUUCCACAUCAUUUGGGGUGGUUCCAAAUUUGACAACUACUAGUUUAAUACAUAUUCUGAAAUUCUUGAGCUUUCAGAUUCAGUCACCUUCCUGACUUGUUGUUCUGCUCUGAGUUAUACUAACUGGUAACCACAGCAAUGUUAGGUGAACAUGUCUGUUCCCUUGUGUUCAUGAUGAUCGUGAGAUUCGAAACCCCUGAAAAGAUAAUCAAGACAGAGUUUUAUAAGGAGUCGCAGUCUUUCUAAGAAAAAACAAAGGAUGCAUACUACUAAUCACAAAGGUUUCAUAAGCAUCGAUUGUGGCAUCCCGGUGAACUCCUCCUACCAAGAUCCCAGCUCAAAGAUAAUAUAUGUCUCAGACUAUGGAUACGUCACCUCAGGAGAAAACUGCAACAUCUCCUCAGUUUACAUCAAGCCUUCACAGGCAAAGCGCAACCUCAAUGUCCGGUUCUUUCAGCAUGGAGCACGCAAUUGCUACACCCUGAGGUCCUUGGUGGCAGGAAACAAGUACUUCGUCCGUGCGCUUUUUUACUACAGAAACUAUGAUGGCCUUAACAAACUUCCUAUCUUUGAUCUGUACAUGGGGCCAAACUACUGGCAUGAAGAUAAUAUCAGUGUUGUAGGAGCAGUCAAAUGGAUUGACAUCAUAGUUGUCGCUCCUGCUGACUACCUGCAUGUUUGUCUGGUGAACAAAGGGAUGGGAACUCCAUUUAUUUCUGGGUUGGAUCUGAGGCCACUGAGGAUUACUAUUUACCCAGGGGUAAAUGCAAGUCAAUCUCUGGUGCUGAUUAGCUCCAAUCGGUUCAAUUUAGGGUCCACGGACAAUCGCAUAAUGAGGUGA